UUGAGGGUGAUCAAACAAAACAGCAUCCAAAUUAGAUUGUUUCCCCCUCGUGCCUGCGCAGGGAAUAGUUGUAUGGUAAAUAUCAUGGGAAGGUUUCACAACCUUCUCAUUGGCUCAGGAGUCAGAGACCCCACCAUAUAAAGCGAGAGUACCUCAUCUAGAAGCCUUUAACUGCUGGCAAGCGUUUUGGAUCACACUUCAACUGACGGGAAAAUACCCUUUACGCACAGAGCGCUUGGAGAGGCUGCAGAGGAGCGCACGCCGGCGAUCAGUUUUUCUACGGAAAAAGAGUUGUACUGCCAACAGAGAAGCUGUGAGCUGAGGCAUCUGAGUGGGCAUGUGGCUACUGGAGAAGCUCCGGAGCAGUGGGACACAAUCCCAGCCCCCGCAGACAACAGAGGCCAUUCCCGUCUCUGUUUAUGCCAAUGUCCUCACUCCAGACAAGAUACCUGACUUCUUCAUCCCCCCAAAACUUAUCUGCUGCCCACCAGAUGAGUCCCUCACCCCAGAACCUCAGCACUGCUCCACACUGCGACCCUCCUCCUCUGACCAUGCCAUCUGCAGCCAGAGUCCCAGGGCUCGGAGCAGCAAGAACCCCUGCAGCCCUCGCCUCUUUUCCCGCCUGGUAGGAGACACCCGCAAUCUCCAGAAGUCAGCCAACCGUCACAUCAUCCAAAUAGAGAGUGCUGACGAGCCAGGUGCCGGAUCUGCAGACAGGGUCAGCGUUAAUACUAAUGCAGACCCCCAGUCACAGACUGCAAUGUCUCUUCCAUAUGUCCCCAAGGCUCAGACGUCCUACGGGUUUUCCACCCUGGUGGAGUCUCCUCAUACCCGACGCAAGGAGAGCCUGUUCCACAGUGACCCCAGCAGCCCUCUCACCUCCCCGAACUCCCAGAGGCGCUCCCAAGGGGGGACUCUUCUGGCCCCAGCGGACCCCAACUCCUACCGCUAUUUUAGUGGUGGAGAGAGCGACACCUGUUCCUCAGCAGAGUCAUCCCCCUUUAAUUCCCCUCUCCUGUCCCGCUCUGCCUCUCUGUUACGCUCCAUUACCCAGGAGACACAGGCCAAGGUGUCUCGUGCCAAGCGUUCCCUGGCACGCCACAGUUCUCUCUCCACUGAUGACUGCAGCUCUGCAGACAACAGCCCUAACAUGCAGCGGCGACGUAUGCGCUGCCCCCCGUCUCCUGCCUUCCGUGGAUGUAAAAGCAGUGGCUUGAGGGGCACCACGUCGGACCUCCUGCAGCGCGAGCACACCAUCAACCUCCACAAGGGGGGGACACUGAAGCUGAGCACUCACUACGAUCCUGAUGCAGCUCGGCUGAGGGUGCGCGUGCUCGCAGCUGAGGCCCUGUAUGACAGGCAGACGGACCUUAAAAGCAUCAACUGCUGUGUAGCACUCUACCUGAACCCCGGCAAGCAGCAGAAACAGAGGAGCACCAUCAUCAAGAAUAGCAGGAAUCCAGUGUUCAAUGAAGACUUUUUUUUCGAUGCGCUGCCCCAGGCACAAGUAAAGAGUCUGGCCAUGAAGAUAAAGGUAGUGAACAAAGGAACCAGUCUGAGGAGAGACGUGCUUCUAGGAGAAAGGGAGGUGCUGCUCAGUGAGCUGCUCUCAGGCCUCUAGGGAGUCCCUGUCAAGACUUCAGUGAAAACAAGCAGCACCACAUCUUGAGGGCCCUUUCUUCUCUGGCUAGCUUUCUAUCCCACUCCACAGAUCUGAUAAAUACUGGGCAGGUGAAAGCAAGCUGAUCGUGUUGAUGACACGAGAGCUGUAUCUUGCACAAUGUGUUAUGUUCCUUAAUGGACAAAAAAAAAAAAAAAAAAAACAGAGGCUUCUGUAGAAUUAAAAAUCCCAUUUUAUGAAGUUCCCAUCACUAGAGCUCAGUCAAUUAUUUACAUGCUUACCAGUAUAUUAGCAAUGUGGACAGUGGAGCUGUUGUCCUUGUUUGUGUAUUUCUCUUUAAGUAUUGAAUUACAAAAGGUGUUGCCUUCUCUAAUGAGCAUAGUGAUGUGGCUCAGUAUCAUAUCAGCUGUGAUGCAAUGAUGAUCUUGUUUAAGCUGGAGUUGUAUUUUUGUAAUAAUGCCGUGAUAUUACAUGUGGGUUUUUGCUUGUUCCUGUUGAAAAUUAACAACGCCUCUGUGUACUUGAAAGAAUUUAUAUUUUGGAAUGGGAUUUGAAUUGCUUGUGGAUGUAAUGUUAAUAUGACAUUUGUUACAUGUUAUAAAUAAAAACACUAAACUCUCCCUGAUGCUUUUUCCACCUGCA